AGGCCAACCCCUAUACUCCCGCCUUCACGCGCAGCCGAGUCGGAGAGGUUGCUGUGAUUCCGCUGCGCUCUGACUCUUCGUGGAAGACCUUUUCCAACUUUUUCUUGCUCCCUCUCCCCGCUGCAUUUAUGAGCGGAGGAAUGGAGCCGGAGUGAGGAGCUGAGGCGAGGGCGCUGCGGAAGCUGAGAGAGCCGCUGCUCUCCCCCCCAUGGAGGUCCGGGUUGCGGGAUGGUUGCUGUGCGGUGCGGUGCUCUGCGCGGUCCGCGGGUCUCCGCUGCUGCUGUUUGCGAACCGACGCGAUGUGCGACUGGUGGAUGUGGAAGGCGGGAGGGCCGAGUCCACGGUCGUGGUCAGCGGCCUGGAUGUGGUAGCGGUGGACUUUGUCUUCUCCGAGGGGCUGAUCUUCUGGACAGACGUCAGCGAGGAGGCCAUCAAGCAGACAUACUACGACCAGUCGAGCAGUGCUGUGAAAGAGGCCACUCUAGGCUCUGGCCGGACUGUACUGGCAGGCCUGGAUUCCCCCGAUGGCCUGGCCUGCGACUGGCUCGGACACAAGCUCUACUGGACCGACUCGGAGACUAACCGCAUUGAGGUGGCCAACAUGAACGGCAGCUUCCGCAAGGUUCUGUUCUGGCAGGACCUAGAUCAGCCCCGGGCCAUCGCUUUGAACCCGGCCCAUCGAUACAUGUACUGGACAGACUGGGGGGAGGAGCCCCGCAUUGAGCGAGCUGGGAUGGAUGGCAGCAACAGGCAGAUCAUUGUGGAAUCCAACAUCUUUUGGCCAAAUGGUCUGACGAUUGACUUGGAGGAGCAGAAGCUGUACUGGGCAGAUGCCAAGCUCACCUUCAUCCACAGGGCCAACCUGGAUGGUUCCUUACGGGAGGCAGUCGUCGAGGGCACCCUCACUCACCCUUUCGCCCUCACGCUUUCGGGCGAUACUCUGUACUGGACUGACUGGCAGACGCGGUCCAUCCAUGCUUGCAACAAGGAGACAGGUGACAAGAGGAGGGAGGUUCUCAGUGGUCUCCACUCUCCUAUGGACAUCCAGGUGCUGGACAAGGACAGGCAACCUAACGUGUCCACCCCCUGUAGCCAUGGCAAUGGUGGCUGCUCCCAUCUGUGCCUGCUGUCCCCUAUGGAGCCAUUCUACAGCUGUGCCUGCCCUACUGGUGUUCGCCUCCAGGAUGAUGGGAAGACCUGUCGGCCAGGAGCCGAGGAAGUUCUGCUGCUGGCCCGGAGGACUGACCUGCGGCGCAUCUCUCUGGACCUGCCUGACUUCACUGACAUCGUGCUGCAGGUGGAUGAUAUCCGAAAUGCCAUUGCCAUUGAUUAUGACCCCGUGGACGGCCAUGUGUACUGGACAGAUGAUGAGGCAAAGGGUAUACGGCGCGCCCGCAUUGAUGGCAGCGAGGCCCAGACACUCGUUACUACCGAGAUCGACCACCCAGAUGGCAUUGCUGUUGACUGGGUUGCGCGCAACCUCUAUUGGACUGACACCGGCCCGGAUCACAUUGAGGUCACACGGCUCAAUGGCACCUCGCGCCGAAUCCUGGUCUCGGAGAACUUGGAUGAGCCCAGGGCCAUUGCGUUGGACCCAGUCAGAGGAUACAUGUACUGGACAGACUGGGGGGCGAAGCCAAAGAUCGAGCGUGCCUGCCUGGAUGGGAGCCAGCGUGUGGUGCUCAUCAAUUCUUCUCUGGGUUGGCCCAAUGGCUUGGCCCUGGACUACGAAGCGGGCAAGCUGUACUGGGGCGAUGCCAGGACUAACAAGAUAGAGGUGAUUAACAUCAACGGGACGGACAGAAGAACAAUUUUGGACGACAAACUACCCCACAUCUUCGGUUUUACCCUGCUGGGGGACUACAUCUACUGGACGGACUGGCAGCGACGGAGCAUUGAGCGCGUGCGCAAAACGGGUGCUGCCCGUGAGAUGAUCAUCGACCAGCUACCCGACUUGAUGGGGCUGAAGGCCACCAGCGUCACCAAGGCAUUCGGAACCAAUGCGUGUGCAGUAGACGACGGUGGCUGCAGCCACCUAUGCCUCUACCGGCCACAGGGUCCACAGUGCGCCUGUCCCAUGGGGCUGGAGCUGCUAAGUGACCUUUCCACGUGUGUGGUGCCAGAGGCCUUUCUGCUCUUCACUCAUCGUGCCAACAUCCGCAGCAUCUCGCUGGGCACCAACGGCAACAAUGUAGCCAUCCCCCUUACCGGUGUUAAGGAGGCUUCUGCACUCGACUUUGAUGUUGCAGAGAAUAGGAUCUACUGGACAGACAUCAGCACCAAGACCAUCAGUAGGGCCUUCAUGAAUGGCAGUUCUGUGGAGCACGUGAUUGAAUUUGGCCUGGACUAUCCCGAGGGCAUGGCUGUGGACUGGAUGGGACGCAACAUCUACUGGGCUGACACUGGCACCAACCGAAUUGAGGUGGCCCGUUUGGACGGUCAGUACCGGCAAGUAUUGGUCUGUAAGGACUUGGACAACCCUCGUGCUUUGGCACUGGACCCUGCCAAUGGCUACAUGUACUGGACUGAAUGGGGUGGGAAGCCCAGAAUCGCACGUGCUUACAUGGAUGGCCACAAUAUUACCACAUUAGUGGACAAGGUGGGCAGAGCCAAUGGCCUCACCAUCGAUCAUAUGGACCAGAGGAUGUACUGGACCGACUUGGACACCUGCAUGAUUGAGUCCUCUGACAUGCUCGGCCAGCAGAGGGCGACGGUAGCCGACGACUUGCCACACCCAUUUGGGCUGACCCAGUACCGGGACUACAUCUACUGGACAGACUGGAACCUGCGCAGCAUUGUGCGUGCUGACAAGCGCAGUGGGCUCAACCGCACCUUAAUCCAGGGCCAGCUGGACUAUGUUAUGGACAUCUUGGUGUUCCAUGCUUCUCGUCAGAGUGGCUCCAACGAAUGCUCGCACGGAAAUGGCCAGUGUGCCCAUCUAUGCCUUGCCACACCGGAGGGCUCCCGGUGCCGCUGUGCAUCGCACUACUCCCUAGAUCCCAACGGCAAGAACUGCAUCUCACCCUCCAGCUUCCUACUGUUCAGUCAGAAAGCGUCCAUCAGCCGCAUGGUUCUGGGCGAGCAGAGCCUUGACAUCAUCCUCCCUAUCCAUGUAAUGCGCAAUGUGCGGGUCAUCAGAUACGACCCACUGGAACGCUUCAUCUACUGGGUUGAUGGGCGGCAGAACAUCAGGAGGGCCCGUGAUGAUGGUUCUGAGUCUUUUGUGGUUGUGUCAAACACACCCGGUCAACAGCAGAACCUGGAAAAGCAGCCCCAUGACUUCAGCCUGGACCCGUACAGUCGCUCUCUCUUCUGGACCUGUGAGAUCACCAACACCAUCAAUGCCCAUCGUCUGGAUGGGGUCUUUGUUGGUGUAAUUCUGAAGGAUGACGUAGACAAGCCACGUGCCAUCGUGGUCAAUGCUGAGAGAGGAUACAUGUAUUUCACCACCGUGCAGGAGCACUCUGCCAAAAUCGAGCGAGCAUCCCUGGACGGGACGGAGCGCGAGUCUCUCUUCACCACGGGCCUGAUCCGGCCUGUAGCCCUGACUCUGGACAAUCAGCUGGGCAAACUUUUCUGGGCUGACGCAGACCUGAAGCGUAUUGAGAGCAGUGACUUCUCUGGAGCCAACCGGAUCACGCUGCAGGACUCAAACAUCUUGCAGCCAGUGGGGUUAACGGUUCUGGGCGAACACCUGUACUGGAUUGACCGGCAGCAGCAGAUGAUUGAACGCGUGGACAAGCUCACAGGGGAAAAGAGAACUCGCAUUCAAGGCCGCAUUGUGCAUCUGACUAGCAUAUAUGCUGUGGAGGAUGUGGACCCAGAGGAGUUUGCAUCACAUCCCUGUUACCUUGACAACGGAGGCUGCUCCCACAUCUGCAUUGCAAAAGGAGAUGGGACGCCACGCUGCUCCUGUCCUAUGCAUCUUGUACUGCUUCAGAACCUGCUCACCUGUGGAGAGCCGCCCACCUGCUCCACAGAGCAGUUCACCUGUGCCACUGGUGAAAUCGUCUGCAUCCCGAUGGUGUGGCGCUGCGACGGGUUGGCCGAGUGCGAUGACAACAGCGAUGAAGAGAAUUGCCCACUGUGCACAGUUCACCAGUUCCAGUGUGACAAAGGCCAGUGCAUUGAUGCCCAUCUGCGCUGCAAUGGAGAGGCUGACUGUGCAGACAACUCUGAUGAGCAGGACUGUGAUACUGUCUGCCUGCCCAGCCAGUUUCACUGUGGAAAGAACCAGUGCAUUGAGAAAAAGCAGCAGUGCGACUCUUACAUGGACUGUGCAGACAACUCGGACGAGCUCUUCUGUGACAUGCUCACAGCUCCGCCUCGCAUCUACCAGGCUGAUUCCAGCACUGUAGGCCCCGUCAUAGGCAUCAUCCUGUCCGUUUUUGUGAUGGGUGGAAUGUACUUCGUCUGUCAACGUGUUGUCUGCCUCUGGUACAAGCGGCCCAGUGGAGCCUUCCCUCAUGAGUACAUCAGCGGAACACCCCACGUGCCCCUAAACUUCAUUGAUCCGGGUAGCUCACAGCACAGCACUUUCGCGGGUAUCACUUGUGAGAAGUCCAUGAUGAGCUCCCCGAGCCUGAUGGGAAGCAGUAACAGUGGAGCACCACUCUAUGACAGAACCCAUGUCACCGGUGCUUCUUCCAGUAGCUCCUCCAGCUCCAAGGCAGCGUUUUACCCGCAGAUGCUGAACCCUCCUCCUUCCCCAGCCACGGACCGCUCAUUAUAUAAUGUCGAGCUCUUUUACUCCUCCAAUAGCCCCUCAACCAUCAGAUCCUACAGGCCUUAUCUGAUGCGAGGUGUGGCUCCGCCCACCACGCCCUGCAGCACAGAUGUGUGUGACAGCGACUACGCCCCCAGUAGGUGGAAGAGCAACAAAUACAACAUGGACCUGAACUCAGACUCAGACCCCUACCCGCCUCCCCCUACCCCUCGGAGCCAGUACUUGUCGGCAGAGGAAAGCUGCCCUCCGUCGCCCUCUACUGAACACAGCUACUUCCACCUGGGCCCCCCUCCUCCUUCACCCUGCACUGAUUCCUCCUGACCUCAGGAAACCAGCAUACCUGUAUAUACUUUUAAAUAUGAACAAAUAAAGCUAUUUUAUAAACUUCUGUGGGGAUAAAUGAUGCUGAACUCUGCUAGGCCAUAUGAAUCGAUUUUACAGCUAAUUUGCAGUUUAUUUUUAAUUUUUUUUUUUUUUAUCUUUAUAUGUCCAAUAAGUUUGUUUCUGACUUGUGAGCCCUGCAUUCUGAAAAAUCUGUGAAAAAACUUGUGCCCGUUGAAAAUCAUGUAUUUACAUUUCUGACACGAGAGCUUACAGUGCAGUUGUCUUAAGAGCCGCUCUAGUAUGUGGUCACAGGAAGGCCGUUCCCACUGUAACCACUGGUUUGAAGGAAUGACUUGUCUUCCUACUGAAACACAACGUGAGUAGCCAACCUGCACUACUGCUGCCAACAUCAUUUUGAACAUACAAAUGUAAGUAUCGUGGAGUUUUUUUUUUCCAUGAAUAUGAAAUCGCCAAGGGUUUCUUCAGUUUUCAUUAUCCAAAUCAGUGUGUCUGCUGCUACUGUACAAUGUACCUUUUUUUUCUAAAGAAUUGCAAAAGCCUCCAAUGCUCAGAAUUCCAUUGUCAAUGAAUUUACAGAAAUGUCUAUAUAUUGUUCAAAUAUAAUGUAUUAAUUGUUCUUAUUGAUUGAAAUUUUUUAUUCUGUACAGAUCAGUAUGAAUGAAUGUGCAUGUACUUUGUGAAAUAAGAACUCUGCAAUGAAUGAUAGUCAUAAAUGCCCUGUUAGUGGAAUAGAUCUAUGCCAGUGUAAGCUUGCACACUAUGAUGUUUUUAAUCAUCCAUUACUGUUAACUUGAAGAAGGAAAAAAUUGAAGAUGGUACUCUACAUGAAAAAGUACAUCCAGAAAAACUUCUUCACCAUCAAGUGCUAUGUUCUCCUGUCUCCUCUGCGAGGCGAAUGUGGUAUAUAACGAAAAUAGUGUCUAGCCUGAAUAGGCCUGCAUUACAAUAGAAAUAGUAUUGGCUUAAGUCUCCUUUUUGGGUUACUAGAAGAAAGGAUCUUGUGAAAGUAAAUACAAUUUGCAUAAAUGGUGAAUACAGAAACAACUGAGAACAGA